AUGGCUCCCUACUGCCCCAAACUCAAAUCCAUGGGCACUGGGUCCAAGGCCCUCAACCACGGCUGCCCUCCGGUCCCCCCUGGCUCACACCUGCAGCUCCUGGGGUCCUGGUACAUUCUCGCCGUGGCCUCGGGCGAGAAGGACUUUGUGGUGGACAAGGCCACGAAGAACAUCGAGGGGGUCAUGCUGACCCUCACGCCAGAGAACACUCUGAAGGUGCUGUCCUCCCGGAGCCGGCGGGAGAGUUGCCACCUGCAUGCUGUGGAACUGACGAAACAAAAUUCCAGAUGGGUGUUCAGGAAUCCCUCCCUGGGUGUGCUGGAGUACCGGGUGCUGGCCACCAACUUCAGGGACUAUGCCAUAGUGCUCACGCAGCUGGAGCUCCAGGACGAGGCCUUCAGCACCGUGGAGCUGUACAGCCGGACGGAGCUGGCCAGCCAGAAGGCCAUGGGCCUCUUCACCAAGUGGAGCAAGGGCCUGGGCUUCUCGUCCCAGCAGCAGGCCACGCUGCAGAAGGACCUCACCUGUGCACGCAAGGUCUUCCAGUGAAUGCUGCAGCCCCCAGGGGACCGGAGGAGGCUGGCCAGACGCUACCCUCCCUGCUCAGCCUCCCAGGAGCUGGGCUUUGGGCCGGCUGCUCCCAGGGGCUCUCGACGCAGAUUCCAAUAAAG